AUGCGAAUCGUAGCGGCUUUGCUCGCGGUUGCGCCCCUCGUCUGCCCGGCCGAAGCCGACGGCCUACGUGGGGCACCAGCGCCGUGUUUCGAGGCCUGUCAGAUGGUCCUGCACCCCAUCUUGUUCAACGAUACCGCUGGCUUAUCGCCAUCUCCCCCGACCAGACAAUGCCAAAGCCACAAGGGUCUGGCAUCGCUGUACCUCUGUGCGCAGGUUUUUUGCUCGGUGGAUGAACGGACAGCAGGUCUCAAUUUCCUGAAUAGUACUUGCCACAAGAAGGUCAACGAUUCAAUUCCUUCAUUCGACCUAAUUGCCAACUACACUGACGACAUUAUUGCUCGCUUGCCCCGGUUUGAAAAACCAGAUUAUAUCGACGGCACAACUUUCCAGGACGUUGCCGUCCCAUCAGAUGGCUUUUUCCGCCUAGCAUAUGAUACAUUGGCAUCUUGGUCAUAUGCGUAUGGUUAUCACUUUCGCUAUGGAGCCGCAAUGCUGGUUUUCUGGGGGUUGGUUGUCACCAUUGGUCUACUCAACAGGAUAUUGCUCUAUCUGAUGCACAAGACGAAAUCACAGACGAGAAUCUCCGACUCCGCCCAUUCCGGUGCCUCAGAGGACGGUGAGGCUCUUAUACCUUCGAGGAACCCUCGACUAGGCCGUUUUGGCGGUUGGCUCAAUGCUCAUGUAUUCCUACCCGCCACGUUUGGUUACCGCAAAGCUCAACCAUUUGGCUGGUAUACCGUGCCUCCCCGGAUUCAAAGCUUGACCAUUCUCUUGUUCAUAAUCAUGAAUUUUGUCUUCACUGUUCAUGGGUAUCAUGUAUUCCCAGAAAAUCUUUACUACCCAAGAGUGAUUAGUCAGACGCUCAGGUAUGUAUCUGAUCGAACUGGAAUCAUAGCCUUUGCAAAUUUCCCCCUGAUCUGGCUCUUUGGUAUGCGGAAUAAUGUCAUGUUAUGGGUGACAGGUUGGGACUUUGCUACCUACAAUAAUUUCCAUCGCUGGAUAGCCAGAGUCUCAACAGCACAGGCGGUAAUCCAUUCAGUUGGCUACACCAUCUUGGUCUUUUAUGAAAAUGGGUGGGGACAUUUUGUUGCGUAUUGGCAUGUGACUUGGUGGUUUUCCAAGGCCGCCAUUCUCAUGUGCGCAUUGCUACCGCUGUCACUUUAUUGGCUGAGACGACAUAUGUAUGAGGGUUUCCUCAUCAUUCACAUUGCCCUGUCAAUCCUCGUGUUGGCGGCCAUGUGGGGCCACAUCUAUCCAUUCAGCAGGGGCGUUCCAUGGGACAGUAUUGUUUGGGUAUCAUGCUCUAUCUGGGCUGUUGAUCGGAUUGCCAGGAUGACUAGAACCUUGUGUUUCAGCCGCAAAAUAUGGAACACACAGGCACAAGCAACUUAUGAACGAGAUGCCAAUAUUGUUCGGCUCAGUAUCCCAACCUCUCAAAGUUGGUAUCGACCACGUCCGGGCACAUUCUAUUACCUACAUUUUCUCAACGGCGGGCGCUUCUGGGAAAGUCAUCCGUUCACAAUGUCAUCAAUUCGACAUGGGAAAGCGACAGGGACGGGGUUGCUCUCCCGCACAAGUUUGGAUACGGCUGAGGGAAUGGGCUUACUCUCUGCAGAUGUUGAGGUCGAGUCUUUAAAGAGUGAGACUACUCACCCGGAUGCGCCCACGAUGAACUUCAUCAUCCGACCUUAUGAUAGUUCGACGCGACGCCUAGCAGUGGCUGUAGAGAAGGAGUCCCCGUCCUCGUGCAUGCUAAAGGUCCUGGUCGAAGGACCCUACGGUCACACACAGCCCUUCCACCAAUACCACAGUAUCCUAUUCAUCGUUGGAGGCAGUGGAAUUGUCUCAGCGCUCGUCUAUCUCCGGGAGCUGUGUAGAGACGCCGCCCAAAUUAAGAAUGUCCACAUAGUAUGGGCAGUUCGAGAAGCGGCCUUUGCCUCCUCUGUCCUGCGGGACGAUAUGGCCGACCUGCAUGAGAGCGGGAAGCUAACACUAGAUAUCUACUUGACGGCACACGAGGCACAUCACACUUUGGAGAGCUUGCCCGAGGGCGUCUCGAAGCACAUGGGUAGGCCAGACAUCAUUGCAGAGGUGGGCAGUGCCAUUCACCGAUUCGGUCGCACUGGAAGUCUCGCGGUUGUGGCAUGCGCCCCCGCUCGCAUGGCAGACGAUGCCAGAAAGGCAGUGGUGCACACGCUUGCAACACAAGCAUCUCGUCAAACAUCGAAUAUUUCGAAAUAUUUUGGCAAGGAUCUCGUUGUGGUAAUGACUUUCUUGCAUGAGCCACCUGAGUAUGCAGUACAGUAG